CAUUACAUGGGAGUGUGGAUUGAAUAGCUUGCUUUAACUGUGAGGGUCACCUGAUGGAUGAGCAGGGCUACCUGAUGGAGAUGCAACCACGAGAUGCAAGUCCGUAGAACUUUCAUAGCCUAUUAGCAACUCAUCAUGUGCCAUGUGUCAUUUUGGAGAAACUGACGAGUGACUUAUGGAAUGCAAUGGAUCAGGGGUUGUGGCUUACAUGUCUUAUACUUGCGAUCAUUUGGAAAAACGGCUGGUGCCAAGGUUUUGAUUUUAUGGACUUUGCACCGAUUAAAUUUGACAUGCAUCCACAAGAUCAUCUACAUAUUGUGGUAAACUGGACAGCAGACAGCGCACUUCAAAAUGUUACUUAUGCAAUUCAAGUGGCCCGCACAGAUAACUUCAAUGUAAUUGAAAGUGUAAACAUAAGCAUUAAAUCACAAAACUCUGAAGAACCAUUCCAAACUUGGACAUGGACUUCGAAAUUGCCUUUACAAUGCGCUGAUCACUCGGUGAGGAUGAGACAUAUCCACAACUACAACUCUACUUUUGUAGGUUCCUGGAGCCAAUGGAAAACUAAUUCAGGUGUUCAUGAAGAUGCUCAUAAUGUCUGGCAGAGGCCACAGAUAUUUCCAUCUGAGGAGAUUCUCCAGGAGAGAUCCGAAGUACACUUCUGUUGUGUGGCGCCAAGGGACGCCCAAGUCACCAGCAUAAUCUUCAACAGAACACAAUACCCCCUCAUCAACGUCGGUAACCAGGUCAAAGCCAUUGCCGUGGUCAAUCUCAAUAUCACCUCUGAACUGGGGGUCAGCUUCAGUUGUUUUGACUCCAAUGGCAAUAAGGACUUCACUUCAAACUUUGUCACUUUCCCUCCACAGAAGCCCAGAAAUCUAAGCUGUGAGACAGAGGAUUUGAAACUCUGGAGCUGCAGAUGGGAUGCUGGAAGACCGCCUAACCUUCGCAAGCGCCACGUGCACCGCUAUGAUCUGCUUGUGGAGAACUCAGGCCAUGAUCCCAUCAGGUGUAACAUGUUCUUGUGUAACUUCCUGGCUGCCUCACACCUGCAUGAGUAUAAUGUCACCGUGGUGGUAACAAGCAGUCUCGGGCAAAACAUGGAGAGCAUCAAGUUCCAUGCACUGGACAGAGUUUUUCCAGUUGCCAAGAGUUUGUCUGUGAUUCCUGAUGUGACUCAAGCUAAUGUGUCUUGGACUAUAGAAGGAAACUUUACAAAUAUUCCAAUGGUUUGCCAAGUCCAAAUUAACCCUGAGGGAAAUAUUAUGGCCAUUGAACAGACUGGAGGUUUAGCGCUACACUUUUUUUGUCAACUGGACAACUUAAAACCCAGCAGUCAGUACUCGGUGAAGGUACAAUGCGCAGUUUCUGGGAGAGGAUGGGGAAAGUGGUCUGGCCCGCUAUUCUUCAAAACAUAUCCCCUGGUUCUUCUGGACAUCUGGAGGAGUAUACAAGCUCUUCCAAGUGGCCGUCGUGUUAUUGUAACAUGGAGGAUACAUACCAGUGACAUGCAGCUUGAUGUCAAGUCAUAUGAAAUUCAACUACAGCAGGAGAACAACCUGGGAACAUUGUGGACUAACAUAACAAGUGUGAACCCACAAGUUAAUCAGUCUGAGAUCCUCAUUGAUGAGCGAGGGUGUAACAUUUCUGUCCGUGCAAACAUCACAGCUGGAAUCUCCAUUGCAUCUCAUAUUCUCAUCCCUCCUGCAAAACAUUCUGAAAACAUUAUCCCAAAAAAGGUGGUUGGCAGUGUCAAAACUGGGUUUGUGUUAUCAUGGACAGAGGACCCAAGUGCUACAUGCGGGUACACAGUAGAGUGGUGUCAGAAUGGGAGUGGUGAACUGCCUUGCACCCCUAGCAACCUCCGGUGGGAAACAGUGCAUAAAAAUAACACAUCCUUAUCGCUCAAAGCAGGAGCUUUUACGGGUGGUUGCAGAUACACCUUCAAUGUGUUGAGGUGUGGAGAGGAUGGACAUCGCGUGAUUGAGACACACAUUGGCUACUUACAGGAACAGAGCCCCACACAGUUUGUUCAAAUUCAUAAUCCUCCAGUGGUGACAUCUUCCUCUGCCACAAUUGAAUGGAGUUUUCCGGAAGAUGAUCCCCAGCACCCCGGUUUCAUCUCGGGCUACCUUGUGACUUUUCUGAAAGGCCACUGGAGUGACCAGAAUCAUAAUUCCUACAACCUUUCAAUAGACGACCCACACAGGAAGUCGAUCACAAUUAACAGUCUGUGGGAGAGCAGAGAGUACAGCUUCUGUGCCCAGCCAUAUACAUCAGCAGGUCUUGGCCCUUCUACAUGCCGGACAUUCAGAACCUCCCCUGACUACACGCACGUUUGGGUGAAGAGUUCAAUCCCGAUUAUAUUCCUUUUUGGUUGCUGUAUUCUUCUUUGGCCAUAUAGGAAAAGACUGCGUAGAACAGUUGUGGAGAUCUUCACACAUCCGACCAUGGUGAACAGGAAAGUGUUAGAGCUGGACAGCUGUCUUUACGAGACGAGCGAGAGGAUUGGAUCCCAGACUGUGGAAGACUGCAUGUGCUGUGACCUCGAGAUCAUAGAGGUCAAGCCAGGCGAGGCAGAGUGCAAGUUCCUGGUCUAUCCCAACAAGGCCGGUUGUUCUUACGCCCCGUUGUCGGCCCGCUGCUGCACGGAGAUGAUCGACGACAGAGUGUGGGACGACGAUCCCGUUAGGGAGAGGGGCGCGAGCGUGUGCAAUUUCACCUACUCGCCGACCAGCACAGAGGUGUCGUUCUGUCUGUCAUCAUUCAGCUCGGACUGUCUCACAGAGAGCCAGCCUGUCCAACCACACAACGCGUGCACCACAGACUAUGUUACGACCGCAGGCAUGCCAGUGUAAAUUCUGUCCUGCUCCUUUUUUUUUUUUUUUGGCCAUUUUAUGCCUUUAUUGACAGUGACAGUGGAGAAAGACAGGAAGCGAAUGGGAGAGAGAAUGGGAGUGGGAUCCGGAAAAGACCAUGGGGCGGGAAUCGAACCCGGGUCGCCGGCGUGCGGUGCAGGUGCCCCAGCCAGUUGCGCCACAGCUGGGGCCUGUCUUGCUCUUUUUACCUGUAUGUCCUAGACUACUCUGAAUAUAAUAUUUUAAAAUGGUUUGACACCACACAGUGAUUUGAAGGACCACUGUCCAUAGACAGUUUCACACAUUGUUGCUGUGAAGGAAGACUUCUUGGUAUCAUUUAUAAAGUGAUGGGGAUGU